CUCUGCUCGAGAUAUAAAUACAUUACUCCUCUUCAGUUCGGUAUUCAGUUCAACACAUCUUCUCCAACAUGAGAGUAUUCCUUCUUCUAGUGCUUGUAGCUGCCGUUCUCGGUGAUGGACUCCAUGGUGGGGCCCGAGCUGGACGUGCAGGCAAUAGAGCUGCGCCUAGAAGGGAAGGCCGCCGUCUUUCUGGACAAACCCCCCGUAGAGGACGCCAGGAUGCUGCUCCAGGAGGAUAUGCUGCUCCUGAUGCUGCUCCUGCUCCCGCUGACGGUGGUUAUGCUGCGCCUUCCAAUGAUGUUCCCGUGUAUACUGGUGAGGAUGCCCUAGGAGGAUAUGCUGCUGAUGAUGCUGGUUCUGACCCUGCUCUAGAUAUGCUGGCAUCCUCUAUCCCCGGAGUACCUGGAGAGGAUUAUCCAAUCUACGCUGAGGUUCCUGAGUCUGGUUUUACCUGUGAUGGUCAAGUUGAUGGAGGUUACUAUGCUGACCCUGAGGCUGAAUGCCAGGUCUUCCAUAUCUGCACUGCUGACGGUCAAGGAGGUCUUUCCAAGUACAGUUUCCUCUGUCCAAACGGAACCAUCUUCAAUCAGAACUACUUCAUCUGUGACUGGUGGUUCAACUUUGACUGCUCCGAAGCUGAAGCUCUUGCUGCUGAGAAGAAUGCUGAACUUGCCGCUGCUAGAGAGGAAGCUUCUGCAUCUGCUGAUCAAGCAUCUUAUGAAGCUCCUUCUGCUGAUGUUAGCUACGCUGCUCCUGCUGCUGCUGCUACUGAAUUACCCGCCUAUGAUGAUUACGAGGCUGACGCAUCCCUAUCUGGCUAUGAGGAGACAACCGCCGCCCCUCUUGGAGGUUAUGAGGCUCCUCAAGAAGAAAGGAGACGGAAGGCUCUAGGAGGACGUCAAGCUGGACGUGCUGGACGUCGUCUCCAGGGAGGAAGUGCCAAUGGACGUCGUCCCAACCAGAGAGCUGGUCCUCGUCGUGGAUAAUUAGAUUAUAACACCCAACCUGCCAUAAUAUAGUAUUAGUACGACAUAAGAAAGAA